GUGCGUUAUGUUUGAUCAACACAACCAUUUUGUCGAUGUCUUGCACAUAUUAAUCAAUCAACAUGACGUGAGUUACUCGUUCGUGCUGCUUUUGACUUGUUUUUCGACGACCAAUUUGGCCGCUGUCCAAAAGUAGUGGCGCCGCGCACCAUACAACUUGAACUCCUCGAUAAGCACAUAUACUGAAGGAUAUGUCCACCGCAUUCAUUUAUUGCGGAUGUGUAUGUGAAGUAGCCGAUUCUGACCCGGGCAGGUAUAUAAGCUCUGCUGAAUUUCGUUCUCAGAGGACUCGACCAGCAACUAUUUGCCCCUCUUUCAACUUUCGCACUCCUCAUCAGUUGAAACUUGUAACUGUAUUUUGGAAGCUAUGGAUUCUCGCCCAAAGAUGAUAUACCUCCCAGACACUAUGAUCAACUGGCCCUGGCCUCGUACCAUCAAUCCUCAUUACGAAGAUGUGAAAGCUGAAAUCGAUGCUUCGAUCCGUGAUAUCAAGGCUCUGGGUCCUGAGUCACUGGCAGCAUUCGAUAAAUGCGAUACUGCCUUAUUAAUAGCGCUAGCUUAUCCCAAUGUACCAAGAGAGCACCUCCGGGUCAGCUGUGACAUGAUGAAUUCUUUCUUGUUUGUGGAUGAAUACACCAGCAUCGACAACAGGACAGGCGUCAAGGAAAUUGUGAAUAUCGUGAUCGAUGCCCUACACAAUCCUCAUAAGAUACGUCCGGAAGGCGAAUGCAUCCUUGGGGAAAUCAUGCGGCAAUUUUGGGCUCGUGCGAUCCAAUCCGCAAGCCUGUCUUCUCAGCGUCACUUCCUUGAAACCUAUACUGCAUACCUUCAUGGAGUGGCUGCCGAGGCUCUUGACCAUGAACAAGGUCAUAGGCGCAGUAUCGACGACUACCUGAAGCUCCGGCGGUAUACGGCUGGUCUGAAACCAUGUUUAUUCAUAAAUGAAAUGGAGAUGGGCCUUCCUGAUGAAGUGUUCUACCAUCCCGUCAUUAUGGAUCUUGCUGAAUGCACCACAAACUUAGUUCUGAUCGACAAUGACAUGAUCUCGUACAACAAAGAGCAAGCGGCUAACGAUGACCAUAACUUGGUCAGUAUCGUUAUGUUGGAACUUGGCCUCGACAUAAGCGGUGCAAUGGCUUGGGCAGCGCAUUAUCACGCCGAAGUUGGGAAACGAUUCAUCGAGGGUCUUGCGAAGGUUCCUUCAUGGGGACCUUCCGUCGACGUCCUAGUCAAAGAGUAUCUUGAUGGGAUGGCAAUGUGGGCUCGAGCAAACCAUUCUUGGGGUUACGAAACUCAGAGGUACUGGGGUCCCACCACUGGCAUGCGCCCGGAAAUACAGAAAACUAGGCUUGUCCCGUUGUUGCCAAGGCCCGACCGGAAGCCACGUAAAUAGGAGUCUAUUCAGAUACAAAGUUCUUUCUACAGAAUCUGGCGCUAACUUUUCUUGUACCUCCCGUAUUUCGUUGUGAUAUGUUACUACUAUGCUUCUCACUCGGUCACUCAUAGAUGCCGUUCUUGUCGUCCCAUUUCUCUGGCUUUCAGUCGACUACUACUUUCCAUAAUAGUCAUUGUUGGACCCUUUUGUAUAACAGGUACCUGUACCCCUCUGUACCCAGUAUCACAGUG